AUGACCAGAAAGGCAGUAAAAGGAAGCGUGAUAGCUGAUCUCCUAGCAGAAAACCCAAUUGAAGAUUAUGAAGCCCUAGAUUUCGAAUUCCCAUAUGAGUAUGUUAAUGUAGUAAGCAGUGAUAAUACGGUACCAAAUGACGUAUGGGAAAUGUAUUUCGACGGAGCAGUCAACUUGUCCGGUAAUGGGAUUGGGGCAGUUCUGGUAUCCCCUGAUGGAGAGCACUUCCCGAUAGCAGUCAAGCUAAGGUUCGACUGCACCAAUAAUGUAGCAGAAUAUGAAGCCUGUGUGAGUGGCUUACAAGCCGCCAUCGAAAUGAAGGUUAAGAAAUUGGAGGUGUAUGGGGAUUCAGCUCUAAUCAUUUAUCAAGUCAAAGGAGAAUGGCAGACUAAGGAUCCAAAAUUGAUCCCAUAUCAGAAAUAUCUCCUCAAGCUAACUGAGGAGUUUGAAGAAAUUUCCUUCACUCACCUCAAUUGUAACAAGAACUAA